AUGAAAAAACCAGCAGUGGUGGACAGUCGUCAGUUCUUCUGCACACAUUGGCGCUUGUGGCUGCUGUUGGGUUGCGCACGUGAGCCAGUGCGCUACCAGUUGCUCUAUCGCCUCUACCGUACCGUUGUCAAUGCGCUCAUAAUACUCUUCUAUCCUGGCACUGUACUUAUAGCCCUCUGCAAUAGUGGUAAUGUAAACGAUUUGCUCCAAACGCUGCCCAUUUGCGCCGCCGCUCUAGCCUGUAGUGCUAAAUACAUUAGCUACUAUCGUAGACUGAAUUUGGUGCGGCAAGUCGAGCAGAUCUUUAACGCUUUGGACGAACAGAUACUACUGGAAGAGGACCGGGAGUUUUUUGCUGGCAUUCAUCGAGGCACUAAUUUGAUAUUGAAUACACUGCGCGGCAUAUGCGUCUUCUUAUUUGCUAUUACAGCCAUGGCGUUUGCUGCUUCGCUUGAGAACCGUGAUUUGGCUUUUGCCAUAGAAUUGCCGUUUGAUUGGCGCGCAUCGACGGCGGCGUAUGUUGGCGCUGUUGCAUUGGAAUUGUUGCUAUUGACCUGCGACCUCGUGCAGAGUCUGGCAAAUGACUCCUUUCCGGCGGUUGCUCUGUGUGUUCUAACGAACCACACACGUUUGCUAGGAGCUCGGCUGAGUCGGAUCGGUCAUACUGGUAAGGAUGUGCAGGCGAAUAUUCGAGAGUUGCAGCAAUGCAUUAUUGAUCAUCAACGUCUGUAUAGAUUGCAGGCAAUCAUUGAAGAAAUCAUUUCAAUGCCGGUCUUUAUUCAAUACGCGGUCACCGCCUUCCAGGACUGCUUUACUCUGAUAACAUUUAUAUUCUACACGAAUACCGUUUCCGAUAAAGUUCUAUAUUUGACCUACUUAUUGGCUUUGCAGCUACAAAUUUUCCCCCUCUGUUACUAUGGCGCAGCUUGUGCUCAGUCGAUGGACGAUCUGCAGCAGGGGCUUUACGCCAGCAAUUGGAUUGAACAGGAUCAGGUGUACCGACGUCUGGUUACCAUAUUAUCUCAGCGCUCCUUAAAGAGCACAACUGUCUACGCGGCGGGACUCAUUCCCAUUCACUUGAGCACAUUCGUAAGAACCCUUCAGGGCGCUUAUUCCUUCUACACAUUUGUGGAGGGAGUUAGAAAGGUAUAG